AUGGCCGCGCAGGUCGCCGCGGUGCCGCGGGCCCCGGAGGAGCCGCCGCCGCCCUCAGCGGACCGGCCCGCCCGGCCCCGCGGGCCCCGCCGCCGGCGAGCGGCACCCGGCGAACCGCCGGCCGCCAAGCGGGCCCGGCCGAGCCAGCCGCUGCUGGCGGGGCCCGGCCCGGCGGAGCCGCUGCCCCCGCCCGCCCUCCCCGCCGCCGCGGGGCUGUUCACGUUCUCCCCGCUCAGCCUCCCGCCGCCCGGGGAGCGCCGACACCACCACCGGCACCACGCCGAGCCCGCCGGCCACAAGGCGAGGCGCGGCAGCCCCGCGGACGGCGCGGCGGGGCGGCCCAGCCAGCGAGAAACUCCAGAUGAAAAUGGCAAAACCCAGCGAGCUGACAGUCUUAUUAUGAAGAAGAUAAAGAAAAAAAAGAAAAAGAAACACCGGGAGGAUGUGAGGGGAAAGCGCCUGAAGAUGUACAACAAGGAGGUGCAGACGGUGUGUGCCGGGCUCACUCGCAUUGACAAGGAGACUCUGGCCCAAGGACAGUGUGACAGCCUGGAGAUGAACAAGGAAUCCUUCAGGUACCUGAAGGACGAGCAGCUGUGCAGACUGAACUUGGGCAUGCAGGAGUACCGGGUACCCCAGGGAGUGCAAACCCCCUUUGUGACACACCAGGAGCACUCUGUCCGCAGCAGCUUCCUCAAGACUGGCACUAAAUUCAGUAACUUCAUCCACGAGGAGCACCAGUCCAAUGGAGGUGCCCUGGUCCUGCAUGCCUACAUGGAUGAACUCUCAUUUUUGUCUCCAGUGGAGAUGGAGAGAUUUGCAGAGGAGUUUCUUGCGUUGUCAUUCAGUGAAAAUGAUAAAAAUGCAGCUUACUAUGCUUUAGCCAUAGUGCACGGGGCAGCUGCCUAUUUACCAGACUUCCUGGAUUACUUUGCUUUCAACUUUCCAAACACUCCAGUGAAAAUGGAAAUUUUGGGCAAGAAGGACAUUGAAACAACAACAAUUUCAAAUUUUCACUCUCAGGUCAAUCGGACGUACUGCUGUGGCACCUACAGGGCGGGCCCCAUGCGCCAGAUCAGCCUGGUGGGAGCCGUGGAUGAAGAAGUGGGGGACUACUUCCCAGAAUUCCUGGAUAUGUUGGAAGAAUCUCCAUUUCUCAGAAUGACUCUGCCCUGGGGGACUCUUUCCAGUCUCAGGCUGCAGUGCAGGUCGCAGAGUGAUGAUGGGCCCAUCAUGUGGGUGAGGCCGGGAGAGCAGAUGAUCCCCACAGCUGAUAUGCCAAAAUCACCCUUCAAACGGCGCCGGUCCAUGAACGAGAUCAAGAACCUGCAGUACCUACCUCGGACCAGCGAGCCCCGCGAGGUCCUGUUCGAGGACAGGACCCGCGCCCACGCCGACCACGUGGGGCAGGGCUUUGACUGGCAGAGCACAGCUGCGGUCGGGGUGCUCAAGGCUGUGCAGUUUGGGGAAUGGAGUGACCAGCCUCGUAUAACCAAAGAUGUGGUUUGUUUUCAUGCUGAAGACUUCACUGAUGUUGUGCAGAGACUUCAGCUGGACCUGCAUGAACCUCCAGUGUCACAGUGUGUUCAAUGGGUGGACGAAGCCAAACUAAACCAAAUGAGACGGGAAGGCAUUCGCUAUGCCAGGAUUCAGUUGUGUGACAACGACAUCUACUUCAUCCCCAGAAAUGUCAUCCAUCAGUUCAAAACAGUGUCAGCAGUCUGCAGCCUAGCCUGGCACAUCAGACUCAAGCAGUACCACCCCGUGGGGGAGACUUCUCCAAAAGCAGAGAGCAGCUCAAGCCUGAACAGUGAUGUUCCUGGGAGCACAGAGGCACAAGGUGAACCCCAAGGUGUGAGUGUAAAAACAGAGUCUGAAGAACCAGGUAUAGAAAUUCAGCUUACCCCAGGGGUGCUCUCCUCCUCUGUUUCUUCAAUAUCAGGACUUGUGCAACCAGAUCAGGUGGCCCAGCCCCUUCCAGGUUUUAAAAUAGAGUCUGAUCAGCAACACAAUCCACAGGAUCAUGCAGGCUCUUCUGUGUGAUAUGUAUAUAUUCAAACAUUUUUUAAACAAGUUUUUAAAAUUUUGAUGUGAAGUUAUAGUUUUAUAACUGGCUUAUGUUUUAUUGGAGAAAUCUUGCCUAUAAUUCUAUAAAGAAAGGUGACAUUCCAAAAUGUCAAGCAUAUCUUUUUUACACAGAUUAUGCAAAAUUCAAGUUGUAUUUUAACCCCUUAGUACAACCUGUAACAGUGGUCUACCACUUCUUUCUGUUUAAGUAAAGAGAUGUUGAAUAUCUUCUCAAAGUCAGAUUGGAAUUCCUCCAGGAAUAUGAAAUGAUUGAACUCCAUUGGUCAGUGUUAUUUCCCUACUUUUACUUUAUCUCUAAUCUUCACCAGAAAGUGAUGCUUUUGUAGAAGACUUGCAAAGUGAUUUCCCCAUCUCAUUUUAAUUGCUUAAAAAAAGU